AUGAACUGGAUUUCGAAGAAAUUAAGAGCAGGUGUUCAAGAGAUCAGAGAGCGAACAGGCAAUGGCGUCACUCAGGCGGAAGAUAUAGGAGCAUUAGUGGAUGAAAAUUUAUUCGAAAGAGACAUUCUGCUUGCCACGAAGAAGCUCGCUUCUUCAUCCAACAUUUCCGAAAGAACACAAGCCGUUAAAGACCUGGGACAUUUGUCUUGGUCAGGAGGUUCGUCCGCGGCUGCGUUUUCCGGAAACCAAUUCGUCAAUUUACUCAGUCUGUUAAAUAAUCCAAACGAGCCUGCUGCCCUGAAAAUGCUCACGGUUCAUGCAAUAGGUGAAAUAUGUUGUGCAAACAAAGAAAAUCAGGAUAAAGCAAGAAUGUAUGGUCUUGUUGAGAAACUUACUGAGUUUCUAAGCACCACAGACAGUGAUCCAGACUUUUCUGCUCUGAGACGUUCUACGGCUGCUUGCCUGCUGACCCUCGUGUGUGAAAAUCUGGAGAAUCAGAAGGCUCUCCUUCGCACAGACAAGCUACAAGACCUCUUGACCUCUGUCUCGAUGGAAAACUGGACAGCAUGGGAAGAAAAUGAAGCUGCACAACUGAUCACGUUUCUUGGACUUGAUCAAAGGGAUGAUGCACGUUCUCGAUGGGCAAAGAUGAAAGCAUUUGGCGGAAAUCUACAAAGAGGGACACAAAGAAAAAGUUCUGUUUUUGGCGUCUGA